AUGGUAGAAAGAACCAGACCACGACCAAUUUCAGUUGAUCGAGAAAAAACUUGUCCAUUCUUACUAAGAGUGUUUGUUAAACCUGGAUCACAUCAUGAUAUAGAUCGAGAUUUUCAACUUCCAGAUAAACUACCUAUACCCAAUGAAUCUCAACUUUAUGCAUGGAAAGAUACCACCUUACGUGAUAUUUGUUUACAACUUUUAGAAACCAAUCCGACCAUUAAACUCAGUACGAAUCCAAAGUUUUCAAUCCGAUUGAUCUUUCUAGACACACCACGAGAGAUCAAUUCCACAAAUUUCGCUCGAUACAAGUCUCAAGAACUCGGUAUAAUCUUUUCAAGAGACCUUUCACGUGAUCAAAGUUCAGGUUCGAUUCCAGGUCCAAGCACUCGUACUUUACAAGAAGUUCAAUUCAUGGUUGGAGAUUAUCUAGACAUAGCUCUCUUACCUACUCAUCCCACACCUACCCCAAACUUUUCACCAACCGAAACACGUGGGUUUGGAAUCCGAGGUGCUGCAGCUUCUGCCAAUGCUCGUAAUCCUCCUUCUACUUCUUCAGCUCUAGAUGGUCCAAGAUGGGGACGUCCAACUUCUUCCAACACAUGGGGUGCUCCAUCCUCUGGACCGGCUCGUUGGGGUAAUCCAAGUGAUCGUCCAAGAAGUUCGUUCGAUUCGGUUCGUGGUCGGUCUUCUUUUAAUGGGAAUCUUGAUCGUGAACGGUUUGAGAAUCGUCACCAUCAUAAUGGGAAUAAUAGAAGAAGACAUAGUCGGAGUAGAAGUCCUAGUGUGUCUAGACGUGGUGGUGGUCGAGAUUAUCCUCGUCGAGGGGGUCGUUGA